AAAGUAGUUUUACAUUGGAUUUUGUCAGUUGAUUUGUUUUUCUAUUGUUUUUGUGUUUUGUGCAUUGCUUUAUUAAUAAUAAAUAAUAUAUUUAUACUUUUUUAAUAAUAUUAAAUAUCACCGAUAUGAAGAACCUUUUGUGCAUUGUUUUUAUCAUACUCAGUCUCUGGAUGAAAGAAGGCUUGGCUAUUUGGUGCUAUCGUUGUACUUCAGCCACUCCCGGUUGUGGAGAGACUUUCAAUUGGCGUGGCAUUGGUUUUCUGGGUGAACAGUGUCCCGAAACCAAUGAUAUAUGUGUAAAGGUUACAGAACGGCGAGGAGCCCAAGAAACCAUUAUACGUGACUGUCUGAGUGCCCUGAGCUUUAGAACUGAUAUACCAGCUGAUAAAUAUGAAGGUUGUUAUCCGGCUGCCAAAGAUGUACGCCUGGCCCACUAUGUCAAUCACACGAUAAAGGAACACGAUGUUAAGCGUGACUAUUUCACCAAUGUUAAGUAUUGUUUCUGUUUUUUGGAUCAUCGCUGCAAUGGCGGUGAGAAAAACCAAGCAGUGCUUGGACUUGGUUUAUUGAGUGCAAUAUUAGUCAUAGUUAUUCCAAUAAUUUGGUAUUAGGGACUUUUUAUAGUUAACUAAUCGAGUAAGCAUUACCAACCAAAAUGUGCCUUUAGUUCAACUCGAAUACUGACUUUAAAGUACAUAUAGAAAAAUGUAUUUCUGUGGAUGUUAAUUUAAAUUAUAAUUUCAAGGUACAUAGCCUCCAAAUCGAAAAUAUCCAUAUCUUAGUUUUAGCACGACCUUUUUGUCCACAUACAAAUCGAAUAUAUCCACAUGUUUAGCUUUAAUAAUAUAUCAAAAUACAAAUUUAAUAUGUUCAUAUCUUAGCUUUAGGGAAACUUGAUCCGUCCAGAUACAAAUUGCAUCAAGAGCUACAAUUUUUUUUUUAAAUCUCAAUAUUAACAUUCCAUAUUUUACAAAAAAAAGUAAACGAUUUUUUAUAAGUUUAUUGUAUCUUUACAUAAAUAUUUUAUUAAAAAGGAAAACAGUUUUUUACAUGAUAAAAUAAUUGAAAACAAAA